AUGCAACUGCCGAUACUAGCAUGCGGUUUUCUGGCCUGCCUGGUUGCCCAGGUUUCCGCAACCGCGUUGACCUACAAACUUACAGCGAAUGAGAAAGCUUGUUUCUACACAGGAACAAAGGUUAAGGGGGAAAAGAUUGCCUUCUACUUUGCGGUACAAUCAGGAGGCUCUUUCGAUGUGGACUACGAUGUCCUGGGUCCCGGGGGCAAGGUGAUCAUGGACGGGGAGAAAGAGCGUCAGGGCGACUUUGUCUUCACUGCCCAAGAAGUGGGCGAAUACAGGUUCUGCUUCAACAAUGAGAUGAGCACCUUCGCCGAGAAGACUGUUGACUUCGAGAUUGCGGUCGAGAACGAGUCACACGUCAAUCUUCCUGCCAAGCAAGGGAGCGAUCCGGCCCUGACAUCGAAACUCGAAGAAUCGCUGUACAAGCUCUCUGGGCAGCUUUCAACCAUUACACGUAACCAGAAGUACUUCCGCACCCGCGAGAACCGAAACUUCAGCACGGUACGGAGCACGGAGGGCCGCAUCGUCAACUUCAGCUUGAUUCAGUGUGGCCUCGUUAUCUGCAUGGGAGCCCUACAGGUGUUCAUCGUCAGAUUUUUCUUCCAGGGCGCAAGGAAGGGUUACCAAAAGGUCCAAUUCUACAAAGCACCAACUUCACGGUCAAAUCCAGUCACGAUGACCUCAAUAGCGGCGGGCCUUGCGCGAGCACUUCCGAAGCCUCAAUAUACUGGCGAGGGUGAGGACUUGCCGUCGCACGCCCGGCAGAAAGGCCCAAGGAUUGUUGGCCGUGGGGAGCUGGACGAGACCCAGCUCGUGUUGAAGAGAUCAGGACCCCCUCCAUAUGGACAAAGAGCAGGAUGGAGACCGCGCGGCCCCGAAGAUUUCGGAGAUGGUGGUGCCUUUCCAGAGAUCCCCGUCGCUCAGUAUCCCCUUGACAUGGGUAAAAAGUCGUCGACAAGCAGCAACGCCCUGGCCGUCCAAGUUGAUGGAGAGGGGAAAGUGCAGUUCGAUGCGAUUGCGCGACAGGGCCACGGUGAGGGCAGAAUCAUCCACACGUCCUUCAAGGAUUUGAUCCCCCUGCGGCAGCGUGCGGAUGCCGGCGAAAUCAGUUUCGAGCGUCCGAGUGAGGAGGAAGUAUCUGCCACUGCGGAGAGGACCAAGAACGCUCUGGCCGUGCUCAUCAGCGGCGCCGUUGCUGCCCAGAAACCCAAGAAUGUAAACGUUGGCGGGCGAAGGGACCCUACGUUUGUGCGAUACACUCCGUCGAACCAGAUGGGCGACAACUCGAAGAAGCAGGACCGCAUUAUGAAAAUUGUGGAACGGCAGAAGGAUCCCAUGGAGCCUCCCAAGUUCAAGCACAAGAAGAUCCCGCGAGGACCCCCCAGUCCCCCGCCUCCAGUGAUGCAUUCGCCACCACGCAAGCUUACAGCCGAGGAUCAAGAGGCAUGGAGGAUUCCUCCCCCCGUAUCGAACUGGAAGAAUCCAAAGGGUUAUACCGUUCCGCUGGACAAGAGAUUGGCUGCAGACGGACGGGGACUCCAAGAUGUUGAAAUCAACGACAAGUUUGCACAAUUCUCGGAAGCGCUAUUUAUGGCAGACAGACACGCUCGAGAGGAGGUCAGGCAGCGAGCGGCAAUGCAACAGAGGCUUGCCGAGAAGGAGAAGGCAAAGAAGGAGGAGCAUCUACGCAUGCUUGCACAGCAGGCUCGGGAGGAGAGAGCAGGUGGAAGGCGGCGAUCUCGAUCUGGCAGCAGUGGUUCCGAGUCGGGCUCCGAAAGCGACGACUCGGCAGUCCGCGAGCGAGAGGCUGCCCGGCGCGAUAAGCGGCGGGAUGAGGAGCGUAAAUUGAGACAGUCGAGGAUGGGUGCAGAGAGGAGAGUUCAAGUUAUGGCUCGCGAACAAAACCGCGACAUAUCCGAGAAGGUGGCGCUUGGAAUCGCGAAGCCGACGCAGUCCUCGGAGGCCAUGUACGAUUCGCGACUGUUCAACCAAUCGAGCGGCUUCGACAGUGGAUUCAACGAGGACAACCCAUACGACAAACCGCUCUUUGCCGCUCAGGAGGCAAUCAGCAGCAUCUACAGACCGCGGGCGAACGCCGAAGAUGACGACGACGAGGCAGACGGAGAGAGGGAAAUGUCCAAGAUCCAAAGGACCAGUAGGUUCGGCGAAGCCCUGGGCCGAGGGACCUUCAAGGGCACCGACGAGGGGGAGGCGCGGGAGGGGCCGGUCCAGUUCGAGAAGGAUGCGACAGAUCCAUUCAACGUGGACAAGUUCCUAUCAGAGGUGGAGCAGAGCUCAUCAUCCAAGAGGGGAGGGUACGGGCUACAACAAGACGAAGAUUCGAGACAAUCGAAGCGGGCUCGGAUGGAUGAGGACGAUGACUAA